AUGGACUGCAGUCUGCGUGCCACAGGCGGAUCUUCGGUUACGGACUGCAAGAGUGUAGAUUGUAUUGAUUUGGAGAACAACGAUCUUAACGAAGAAGAUAUCGAGACUGUGCUCGACAGUCACAAUCUUUAUCGCGUCCUGAUUGCGAGUGGCAACGAGAGCCGCGGAAAUCCCGGCCCUCAGCCGGCCGCAAGGGCCAUGAUGGAAUUGAUCUGGGACGACGAACUCGCCGUUAUAGCGCGUCGAUGGGCGUUGCAGUGCAAGCUCUCCGAGAAGGAUCAGUGCCGAGACGUUGGUAAGUAACUCCGACGGAUAUAUCUCAUUUUUCAUCCCCUCCUCCCGCUCGUUGCGCCGUUAUUUUUCAAUAUCCAAUAACCUGUGCAGACGCGAAAUUGUUCUACCGAUACAACCACCGAAACAUGCAGCGUGCAUGCACACAAGUUUAUGUACACAAGAGACUGUUGUUCUCCU